AUGGAGAAAGACGGCCACACCAACGAUGUCAUGGUUGCGGCCUGGAACAAGGCGAAGUCCAUGCCUGUCUUCGGAAUCCGCGCGAAGCCUGAGGUGGUGGGCCACGUGGACAGAGCGGGCACUUCGACCGUCUGGGACCUCCCCAUCAAACAGUGGAGCUACUCGGCGAGGCGCCCCAUCAAGGGUCAGAGCGACGUCCUUUGCGUGAUGAGCAUGCAUGUGUCGAAGUCCUUGCCAGACGGCGACUACACGGUUGUGAAGGCGUUCGCUUUUCUUGGCGGUGGCGAGCCGAUGGCGGCGGUCCUCGAGAAGAUUGUCGCAGGAGGCCCGUGCGUCUUGGACUACCGCCCCGAUGCCUUCGACACGGCUCGGACGUUGCAGGUGUUGCUGGAGGACGUGGGCGGGCUGUUGCUCCGCUACUGGCAGCUGCCGAAGGCCAAGGUAGUUGCGGACGCCGACCCGAGCGAGGUCGCGGAGAAGAAGGCUGCUCUGGACAAAGCGUGGGACUUCGUGCAGGCGGAGGCCCCUCGGGGAAAUUUUGACGGUCAGAAGCUGCUGCGGGUGGAAUACCAAUUCGUGGACCCUGAAUCGCCCCUGUGCAGCAUGAAGCGGGAGUUCGCGAACAGCCUUCUGAAGUGCAUCGCAGACCGCGACCACUUCGCCGUCAAGGAGGACUACUAUCCUCUCCUGAAGUCUGACAUCCGCAAGGAAUACCAGCCGAUGGCAAACAGGAUCUUGCAGGCGCUGGCGGGCACCACGCUGCUCACGAUAGGGGGGGCUGGCUUCGGGAAGACGCCGUUCAUGUAUAUCCUCGCCAUGGCGACUGCGAGGCGCAAUGCAGACGUCGCUAAUGAACGCCGCCCAGGUCGUGCCACGGCUGCUGUUCGGGUUUCCGCAGAGAUGGACUUCUUCCGCGGGGAGGUCGGGGAGCCUUGGGCGCCGUGCAUCUUCGAUGACGGCGACCUCGCGGAUCAGCGGCCUCGCGUCCUCAAGGCUUUCUUUGACCCCACGCAGGCUGAGGCCAUGACCCGCGCGCGCUGGGGGGCCGCGAAGUUCGUGCGCGGCCAAGCGAGGUUUGGCGGGGGCAACGAGUGCCAUUCGAGCGCUGCACCAACUGCCGAGCAGUGGGCGUUCGCGGCGACGGCGCCCGAUGCUGCGAAGCGGACUACUGGCAUCUUGGUGGACAUGAUUCGGCCCGCCUUUCCACAGGGCGUGUCCGAGAGCAACGUGGGGGCCAUGCUCAAGCGGUGCGACGACUCGGUCGUUGAGAAGCUGCCCCCCAUGAACAGCUACAUCACGGCCGAGGCGGGCAAGAUCCUGAUGCGGCCCCUCAAGCGCAGGAAGCGCCGCGACCAGGAGGAGUACGACAGGCUCCUCGCCUUCUAG